CCCCUGCCCGCACUCGAGGGACCGCGGAGAGCGCAGCCAGAGCCGCUCUUCUGCCCCGCAGCCUCGGCCGGGCUCAGCACACACAGCCGCGGGGGACAGGGCUCUCCCGGGCCGGCCGACGCGGGAUUGGCUUCUCAGGAUGGCCCCGCAGAGCGACCGCUCGCCGGACGAAGGGCAGCCGUAUUUCGGUGGUGCCGAGGACCCCUCCUCGGCGGCCGGUGGGACCCCCGCGGGCAGCCGGGGCACCUCCCCGGCCCGCAGCGCCCUGGCCCCGCGGGACACGGCGGCCCGCAGGAAGGGGAAGGCGCGGCGGGGCCGCGGCAAGGCGCGGAGCGAGAGCUUGCUCAGCAAGCAGAAGAGGAGCCGGCGCAUGAAAGCCAACGACCGGGAGAGAAACCGCAUGCACCACCUCAACUCCGCCCUGGAUGCUCUCCGCAGCGUCCUGCCCACCUUCCCCGACGACGCCAAGCUCACCAAGAUCGAGACGCUCCGCUUCGCCCACAAUUACAUUUGGGCGCUCACACAGAGUCUCCGCCUGGCCGAGCAGAACCUGCCCGAGCCCCCCGCGCCUCCGCCGCCCCCCGCCGCCGCCUCCCCCGGGCCCUGGGACUCGCCCUGCCCCGCGGCCCCGCCGCCCGCCGCCCUGCGCCGCGGCCCCGCCGCCUUCCCCGCCUUCCUCUGAGCCCGGUGUCCCCUUUUCCCCCGUGGUGGCCUUCAAAGAGCCGGCGGGGCGGAGCGGGGCCGCCCCGCUCUGCGCACCGGGAGCCCCGCUCCCCCUGUCCCGAUCCGCUCGGCUGGAAAGCGCAGCGGGAGCGGGCGGACAGAAACAAAUCACGGUUUUGUACUCGUUAACGGUAAAUUAUAUUAAUUUGUCGCUAUCGGUAUUUAUUGAUUAUAUUUCGUAAAAAAUAUGUAUUUUGUAUAUAAGAGUAUUUUUAGCAGCGGUGAUCCAGCUGUCUGUACCCGCAGCUGUAUUUUAGGUUUUCUGAAGAAAAAGAAGAGGGAAAAUAAAGCGUGUCGCGGCCA